CUUUUGAAAACUUUUGCCAUCACUUUACUAUUAACUAUCAUAAAGUGUAGUUCACUAUCCGUAUAAUAAAUUCCGUGAAUAUCAAAAACAAUGUCUCAGUUUUAUUUCAAGCGUAAAAAGUCUGAGUGCCGACCCAUACCAUUAGGUGAUGGAUUAGAGGUAUUCCCAUUACCGGUCAAAUGUGCCAUAAUUGGGGACUGCUCGGUGGGAAAGACAUCUCUGCUAAUCUCAUACACCACCGGCUCAUUCAACACACAAUAUGUGCCCACAAUCUUUGACACCUACCAUAAGGAGGUGGUAUGCGAUGGGGUUUUGGUUGACCUGGAGUUGUGCGACACCGCAGGACUCGAUGAUAUGCGGCGCUUACGGUCCCUCACAUACCUGGAAACGGAUGUCUUCAUUAUCUGCUUCUCUAUUGUGUCUCCGAAAACAUUUCAUAAUGUCGUCAAUAAAUGGAUUCCCGAAAUGAAAGAGUGUCUUCCCAACAAGCCUUUCCUAUUAGUAGGCACAAAAUGUGAUUUACGAACUAAUUAUGAGGUGCUGAAGGAGUUGUCCGAAACGGGGGAAACACCGAUCGAGAGACAAAUGGGCCAAAAGGUAGCGGCAAAACACGGGGCCGUCAAAUACCUCGAGUGUUCAGCCGCUACUAAACUCGGCUUAAACCAGAUAUUUGACGAAAGUAUCCGAAAAGUGCUUGAAUUGCACCGAUUCCCUGUCAAACAUAAAGCCUGUUUUACGUGCACACUGUCCUAG